CAAACAGUUGUACUCCGAAAGCUUAUACACUUUAAAACGUCAAUAGCGUCAAUUGUUAUAUGAAUAAAAGGUGAAUACUUCUUUUCUAAUUUACAGGUUUAUUAACUAUUUAACCCUUGCUUUCGAAUGAAAGUUAUAGGUAUCUUUGGACUUAAUAUUUAUCCUUAAAUUGGAUUGAAUUAGGAAUUCUCAUACUUGAAAGAGAUCGAUAAUACGUGUCGAACAACAAAUCGGCGUACUCAGAGGAGAAUAGGGUUACAACUAAAAUACCUUUGCGGUUAGUGUUCACAAAAUAUUCUAGCACUUUUAAUCGUUAAUUCAAUAUUUUCAAUUAUUAUUUACUAAUAUUAUUACACGGCUUAUGUUAUGUGUUUCAUAUGAGAUCAACUUUAAAGAUCUAUUUAUAAUCUGGAUUAAUAAAUGCGUGAUAAUAAAUCGCUAUAAAAUAUAAUAGGACGAUGCGAAAACACCAUUCUCUUAUCAGAUUUGGUCAAAUUUCUUAUCUAAAUAUAAAUUCACAUAGGGUAAGGAUCGCUUGUUUAUAAAUGUUACUUCGGUGAUAAAUAAUUCGGCAGUUAAUUCGAAACGGUUUGAAAGUAAUGAAUGGAAUGCCGUGUUAGUUGAAUAUAAAAAGAGGCGAGACAGGUGCAAGUGCAAAGGCCUAAGUAGGUUGGUGCUAGUAGUGGCAUUCCAGGCAUUCUUUCGCCUGUCGCUGCGUCAUUGUACGAGCGUUGGCCUGUGUAGAUCAAUGUUGAUAACUAUUUUUUACGAUGUUCAGAGCCUGGUUUAUUUAUUAAAGUGCUUUUGCAGACUUCGGAUAUGUGGAAAUGAUUUCCGACGAUGAAAUCAUCUGUUUUGUCACCCACUCAAAACCGCCGAGCCAUUCAAGUUCGCCUUCUCAAUGGCAAUAAUCUUACUAUAUCAACUGAGGCGAAAUCUACAUGUCAAGAUAUAUUCCAAGAAGUUUGUGACCAUUUAAAAUUACAUGAACUUGAAUUUUUUGGCUUGGCUCAACUUAUCGAUGACGAAUUUCAUUUUGUCGAUUUGAAUUUAAAAGUGCAAAGGCUAAUUAAAAGCCAAAAGACAAGUUCACAGAAUGGAAUUUCCUUUGUGCUCUACUUUCGCGUAAAAUUUUAUGUUGAAAAUGUAGCUUUACUAAGAGAGAAGAUCACCAGGCAAUUGUACUAUGAACAAUUAAAGGAUAAUCUAGUAAAUUAUUCUCAGAGAGUAACAGAAGAAAAAUGCUUUAUUCUCGCCGCUCAUGCUUUACAAGCCGAUCUUGGAAACAGUACGGCCGAAAUGACCUUCGACCCUCGAGAAUAUUUCCCUGCAUGGGUUGUGCAUAGUCGCGGGACAGCCUAUAUACAACGUGAAUUACCAAAUAUUCACGGAGAUUUAAACGGCUUAAGCGCCAGUCGCGCUCAUUAUCGCUUCAUCAGCGAUGCAUCUGAAAUUCCAACAGCGCACAACCUUCACCUUUACGCCGUCCAAUCAAAGAAUACCACAGACAAGGACAGAAAACGAAAAGUGGAUGAUGAUAAAGUUUGGUUGGGAGUUACACCAAGUGGAAUAUCUUUUUAUGAGCAAAUAAACGGAUGGAAAAGCUAUGUUUCUCAUUUAAACUGGGAAGAUAUUACGAAAUUGCACUGCAAGAAAAAGAAAUUUCAAAUUUCUGUUGCUGGUGGCAAAUCGGAAAGAAAAUUCUCAUACGAUGCUUUCUCAGAAUUACGAGCUCUAAAAUUGUUAAAAUUGUGCGAAGACACGCACAAAGCAAAAAGAAUGUUUGCCCCUCGCCUUGCUGCUUUAAAGCACUUGUCGGAAAACGAUGAUAACAGAAAGGCAUACAGGGAAGCUCUUGUCGCACCCACCUCUUACGUGUCGCGUAAGUCUUCGGCAUCAAGUGCAACAACAUCCGGUAUUGCAAGUGAUUCUGCUCGAGAUGAAGAAAAGGAAAGAGAAAUAAUGAUUAAUGGUCCCCCAGACGAAGAUCGCUUUAAAUCACCACUAUAUGAAAGGGGACUUCGGUGGACCUGUAGUCCAACAGCAAUGCCCUGGUCGGGUUCUCCUUCACGAACGAACAGUAAUCAGUCAAACCAAAGCGCCCCACUGAAUUAUUAUCCUAUAAAUAGUCCUACAAAUGCUUUUGCCACUACUCUACCUCGCCAAAAUAGGUUACCGCCAAAUCAAGUUCAGAAUGAAAAUAAUAAUUUUGUUAUUGGAAACACUUAUCAACCAACUCCAGUUCGUCAAAAUAUGAAUCCGGCGCAGAGAACCCUUUUUCCACCUGACAAAGAUCUGGUAGUUUACAAGCAGUCACCUCAUCGUUUAGAUUUAAAAACUACGGGACCAAUAGACAAACAAACGGUAUUACAGAGAUUACAGCAUGUUCAAUAUGAAAGACAGCAAAUGAAUCAAGCAUUGAAAGAAUGUAAUGAAGCCGAACAAGAAUUAGCUAAUCGUCUACCUACUCCUCAGCAUACUUCUCAUGUUCAUAGUUAUUUUAAUGAACCGUCAUCACUUCAACCAGCCAAGAUGAGUGUGCAACGUUCAAAACCAACUGAAUUUAUGACAGCCAGUAGUAAACCAUUAACAACUCCAAAUCGGCCACCUGCUCGUAAUAUAACUGACCCAGGGUUAACAAACCUUUCGCAGGAAGAUAUGCAAAAGUUUUUAACUGAUCGAGUUGCCUCCGCUCCUCAUACUCCAUCCUCACAACACAAACAAUCAAAACCAGUUGCAAAUGGCGGACGACCUAGGGCAAGAUCAAUGACGUCAACUUCUCAUUCCCUCUGUCCCCUUCACAGCGCGGUCUCCUCAGAAAUCGUCGAUGCUGCAAGUCGGGGCCAGGAAGCGCCAAUUAUUGCCGCACUCUCAACUCAAUGCCUUUGUAUAGAUAAAAAGAAAAGCAAUGACAUUGAACUAUUGUCUACCACAGUAAAUAAUUUACAUCAAGUGGGCAAACGAACUAUAAUUGGCAGUGAUUCAAGCGCCUGA